UCCAACCUCCUUGUUCACCAGCGUGUCCACACUGGGGAACGGCCCUACGAGUGUGAGGAAUGUGGGAAGACCUUCAAGUUUGGCUCCAACCUCUUCAUCCACCGCCGAGUGCAUACAGGGGAACGGCCCUACGAGUGUGAGGAAUGUGGGAAGACCUUCAUCCAUCGCUCCCACCUCCUCACCCACCACCGGGUGCACACAGGGGAACAGCCCUACAAGUGCUUGGAAUGCGGGAUGAGCUUCAGCGUCAGCUCCCACCUGAUCCGCCACCAGCAGAUCCACACUGUGGAAGGGCGGCCCCGGCCCUACAAAUGUGGGGAAUGCAAGAAAAGCUUCACAUACAAUUCUCAACUCGUCACCCACCGGCGCGUGCACAUGAGGGAGAAGCCCUACGAGUGUGGGGAAUGCGAGAUGGGCUUCACCGUCAGCUCCCGCCUGAUCCAUCACCAGCAGAUCCACACUGGGGAACAGGGGCAGCAACCCUACAAAUGUGGGGAAUGCAAGAAAAGCUUCACAUACAAUUCUCAACUCGUCACCCACCAGCGCGUGCACACGGAUGAGAGGCCCUUCCGCUGCACUGACUGUGGGAAGGGCUUCAAACGCAACUCCACCCUUGUCAGCCACCGGCGCAUCCACACCGGGGAGAGGCCCUACAAGUGUGGGGAGUGUGGGAAGAGCUUCACCCAGAGCUCUAACUUGACCACACACCAAGGGACCCACUGUAAGGGGAGCCCUGCAAGUGCCCCGACUCUG